AUGAAGAAAGAAGCACUGUGUACAGAGAUCACUACUCCAGUAACUUGCCUGAAGAAACCGAGAUAUCGGCGCAUUGAUGGAAAGUGCAGCAACCUUAAGUAUCAAAUUGCUGGUGGCGCGGGAACACCACUUGAACGAAUUCGACCAGUGGUAAUUAUUAUGUGUGUUGAUCAUUAAUUAUAUACCGCAUAUACUAUAGGCAACAGAAUGGCCUCGAAUUCAAUUUUGCAAAAAGAACCAUGAACGAGUGUCUGUUUCAUGGGCCGUUGUCAACAUUGCACAAGCCAGAAUGCGAAAAACAAGUUCAACUUGAAGUCCUUGGGAAAGCUCGUGGAUGUAUAUGUUUUGAAUUUGCGUCAGAAUUGACGUUCCUCAGCAACACUAAUUUUCAGAACGCUUUUCUUUUAAUAUUAUUCAGAAAAUUGAAAGAACUGAUUACUUUUGUGGGAACUAAUUAUAUUUUUGCGACUCUAUUGUAUUUUGGAAUAUAAAACACUUCCCUCAGCCAAUCAGAUUUAAGAAUUUUGUAAUGUGCAUUAAUUAAUAUAACGUAAGCCUACCAUUUUUCCCUUUUCAUAAUUGCAUUGUUAUUAACUGCUUAAAUAUGUCGGAAAUAUAAAUGGACAAAACAUUACCAUCUUGUAUUAGGAAUAUUACCAUCUUUUAUCAGGAAUAUGACUAGUCUGACAGUUUUAAAUCUAGUUUAAAGACUUAUCAUUUAUUUAGACAGGCUUUUAACGAAAACACAUAGGUUGUACAAUUUUUAAUUACUAAUUAGAUUUAACUGUAAUUUUUAACUAUUUUAAUCUUUAAUUGUAAAGCGCAUUUGAUCAUAUUUUAAUGUAAUUUGCGCUUUAUAAAUUAUUAUUAUUAUUAUUAAUUACCAAUAGAAAUACUAUGAUGCUCAUGGUCUGAAUGAUCCAGUGGGUUUUCCCAAUCAGCGAGACCUGCCUAGCUUACCCUCGCCUUUCAACAUUACCAAAAAUUUUAUUAAAGAUGAAGUAGCUUCAUCUUCAGAUCCAGAGCUCUCUCCACUUAUGAUGCAGUUUGGUCAGUUUCUGGACCAUGAUUUGACAUUGUCUGCUGAAGAAUCGGGAGGCGCCGCCUGUUUGAGAAGAAGGUAUUUAUAAUAAGCAGUUACUCAAGUAAUUUUUCGCCAUGCAGAACUAGAAUGAACUUAUACUUUCACUUUGUGCCUUCUUAAAUCCUUCCAAUAAAGUGAUAACUUCGUAGCGCUGACGAGACAAUGUAACUCUUUCACUGCAUUCUGAGAUAUGUGGUUCUCAUAAUUUGACGAAGUCGAUGUUAUUUAUAUACUGAUGAACUAUACAAUCCCCCUUCCAAUGUGCAAGUGAAGGAUCUUCCUUGUAGGAACAUUGAAAUAUAUUAUAAAAUUGUUUUUUUAAUAUAGUACAUCUUAAUAUUCUUUUAGCUGUGAUGGAUCUGAAACUGACUACGACGCUCCAUGCUAUCCAAUUCUUCCCCUAGAAAACAGCCAUCCACCGUGUAUAAAAAUGAUUCGAUCAGCGGCCAUGUGCCAACGGGAUGGGUAUCCUGAGGAAAGGCAGCAAAUUAACGAAGUUACAGCUGUGAUUGACGGAAAUAACAUUUACGGAUCUGCGGACAAGACAACUGACAAUCUGAGAGACAAGAAAA